AUGAGGGUUCUAGUCUGGUUAAGUUUUGAUGCUGUCGGUGCUGAGGUAAAAAGUGGUCAGUCUCUUGUUGUUGAACCUGGUAAAAAGCUCCUGCACCUUUCACAGGGUUGUCUUGAUGACCUUAAGAAAGCGAAGGGAAGCGAUCCUAUUUCACUCUUUGCGAAAAUUGGCAAUCAGAAGCUUGCCCUUGGAUUUCUUUCUGCUGAUAAAUACCCGCAGUUAAUGUUUGAUAUUGUGUUUGAUGAGAAAUUUGAGCUAUCCCAUAACUGGAAAAAUGGGAGCGUCCACUUCACUGGAUACAAGUCUUUGGGUAAUGAGGAGUCCGAUUCUGAAGAGGAGGAUGCACCACCUAUUAGGGCACCUACUCUGGUUGAUAAGGGAAAGGCAAAGGUGAAUGGUACUGAGGUAGCCAAGAAACCUAGUAUAUCUGAGCAAAAGGAAGCUAGUAGCGAUGAUGAUGAUGAAUCUGACGAUGAAGAGUUUGGUGAUCAGCCCUUGGCUAAGGGAGAUAGUGGUGAAGAUUUUGACGAAAGUGAUGAUGAUUCUGAUAGUGACGAUGAAACUGAUGACAGUGAUGAGGAUGAAGAGACUCCGAAGAAGGCUGAUGUUGGCAAGAAGCGACCUGCUGAGUCUACUAAAACACCUGCUAAUGACAAGAAGCCAAAGUUCGUUACUCCUGAAAAGACUGGUAGCAAGAAAGGCAGCGUCCACACCGCAACUCCUCACCCUUCAAAGCAGACUGGGAAAAAACCAGCUACUUCCGAUCAGUCAAAGCAACAGGCUCCUAAACCAAGCGGUGCCUUCCAUUGCCAACCCUGCAACAGGUCGUUUAACUCCGAUGGUGCGUUGCAAAGCCAUACGAAGGCAAAGCACAGUGCUGCAAAGUGAAGGGCAGAUUAGUCUCCAGCCUCCACCAUCUUGAUGUUUUGGGAUUCAUGAGAAGAAAGAAGUAGGUUUGGUAAGAUAACGGAGAUAUUAGCGUAUUAUUCGUUACUAACUUAACUGGUUCUGUUUGAACCGGCGUGGAUGACAAACUUUUGCAGUUGAUCUGGGAGGCAUCUUGCUACAACUAUUUUGAAUUCUAUGGUUUUCGAAUUUGAGACGUUGUGAGGAA